AUGUUCCUAUUAUUAUUGCUGUGGACGUUGGUAUUUCUAUUUUGGAUAUGGCUAAGAACAGAUACAAAUAAAGAUGAACCACCAACAAUGGUUAAUUUAAACUGGAGAAAAAUAUAUCGCUUUACAACAGAUACCGAGGGUUUCUGGAGUCUUAUAAAAGAAAUGAGCCUAGAGUGUCAAAAACUAGAUGGGGUUAUGAAAGUGCCUUUAGGUCCUCGCACCGUAUAUGUGCUAACAAACCCUGAAGAUUGUUUGACUGUGUCAAAUGCGUGCUUACAAAAGGAUUCUGUUUAUGACUUUGCUAAAAACUGGAUUGGAGAUGGACUAAUCACUGCGUCUGUACCUAUUUGGAAAAUGCACCGAAAAUUAUUAGAUCCACUAUUUAGUGCUCGUAUAUUGAACAACUUUAUGGAAGUAUUCAACACUCUUUCUCGUGUCCUUAUCAAAAAUCUGGAAGUAGAAGUUGGGAAAGGCCCCUUUGAUCCCUAUGUUUAUUCAAGACGUCAAGCUUUGGAGUUAAUAUGUAGUUUCGUAUUCGAACCACUGGCUGAAACUAUUUUGAAAAUUCGUGAGAAUAAUACGCAAUUCACUGAUCAGAAUAUAAGAGAACAUGUAGAUACAUUUAUUGGAGCUGGUGAAGAUACUUCUGCCGGGGUUAUUAUGUUUUGUUUGGUAACAGUGGGUUCUUAUCCAAGAGUACAGAAAGAGAUACACAAAGAGUUAAAACAGAUUUUUGGCGACGAAGACAGAGAUGUGACGAAAGAAGACCUUUCAAAACUAGUUUACUUAGAGGCAGUAAUAAAAGAGACGAUGCGUUUUUACCCUAUAGUACCUAUUAUAGCACGAAAACUCGAUAAAGACGUCAAAUUAAGUAACUGCACCUUAUCAAAAGGUCGCUCCGCAGUUAUAUCGAUCUAUGGAAUACACCGACAUCCAAUGUGGGGUCCAGACACUGAUGAGUUUAGACCGGAACGAUGGCUUGACCUUCCAUCAAGUAGUCAAAAGUAUUUUGCUGCUUUUAGCUUGGGUCGCAGAGUUUGUAUAGGUAUUUGGGCUUACUGGCAGAAAUUAAGUAAAGAAGCUUUGAAACAAGGUGGUACACUAAAAACAUCUUUCGGACCUCGUACUGCUUACGUGGUAUCUGAUCCUGAAGAUUUUUUAACAGUAUCGAAUGCCUGUUUUCAAAAGGAUGCUUUAUACAGCUUUGCCAAAGGUUGGCUCGGGGAUGGUCUUAUAACAGCACCAAGCUCCAAGUUUAAACCCUAUAUGAAUCUCCUUUUGGAAUAUUCUCAAAACCAAAAAGUAUUUACUGAUCGUGAGAUUAGGGAACAUGUGGAGACCAUUAUAGCGGCUGGAGAAGAUACCUCUGCUGGUGUUGCAAUGUAUUGUUUAUUGUUAGUUGGUGCUCAUCCUAGAGUUCAGCAAAAAAUAUACGAAGAAUUAAAACAAGUCUUUGGUGACGAAGAUAAAGAUGUGGUGAAAGAAGAUCUUACAAAACUGGUUUAUUUAGAAGCUGUUAUAAAAGAAAGUAUGCGUAUUUAUCCAGUUAUAUCUGUAAUCGGACGAUAUAUUGACAAAGACGUCAAAUUGCGCAAUUGUACGUUAUCAAAAGGGCGGACUGCAUUUUUAUCAAUCUAUGGAGUACAUAGACAUCAAAUGUGGGGUCCAGAUGUCGAAGAAUUUAAACCAGAACGAUGGUUGCACCCUUCUACUUUACCAAGUCAUUCCAACGCUUUCGCUGGUUUCAGUAUGGGUCGAAGAACAUGUAUAGGGAAUAGUAUUGAGCGUGGGGCACAAAUAGAACCGGGGAAAAAGAUGUGGUUCAUCCCCAUAUCUUUAUAG